GUGUGUUCAGAACAAAGGAUGGAGGAAGAGGUUUUUCCUCUCAGUGUGAAUUAUUUAGACAGAAUCUUGUGUAUAAAGGAUAUAAAGCGCAGCCGGUUACAGCUGUUGGGAGCAGCCUGUAUGUUUCUGGCCUCCAAGUUGAAGGAGACGACACCAGUCAGUGGCGAACAGCUGGUCAUGUAUACCGACAGUUCAAUCACGCUGGAGGACCUUACGGAAAUGGAGUCGCUGAUACUGCAUCUGUUAAAGUGGGACCUCUCUGCAAUUGUACCCAACGACUUUUUGGACCAUAUUUUACAUCGGAUGCCUUUCAACACUUACGAGCGGCCCAUUAUUAAACGGCACGCUCAGACGAUAGCUGCACUAUGUGCUACAGACUGUAAAUUUAUGCAAACUCCUCCUUCUGUGAUUGCCUGCUCUGCAAUUGGCACCGCCCUAAAAAACUGGAAAGGCGUAAGCACAGAGCAUAUGUGCAAUCUGCAUGUGACCACAGGCAUCGACGUGGACCUAAUCAGAGCUUGUAUGGAGCAGGUAGAACAGACCGUUCGUAACUGUGUGGCUGUCCUGGCUGAGCCUAAUCUCCAUACACCCACCAAAGACCCACAGAAGCAGGAACAACCGACCACCCCUACGGAUGUCCGGGAGAUCAACAUCAUGGCCAUGUAG